GAAUAAUUCCAUAAUAAAACAACCACCACGCACCUCAUCAAUUCCAGGCCAACCGAACACGCUAUUGCAAUUCUCUUUCUUUCUUUUUUUCCUUUCUUUUUUUCUUUCCUCUUUCCUAAAUCUAAAUUUCCGGUUAAUGUAACAGACUGUGUUUUUUUAAGAACCCGCGUUUACCGGCGGCGAAGCAGCUCUUACUCUACAGCCCGUAAAAGUAACUCCACGGAGACGACGAGAUCUACGAUUUGGCGACUUCGCCGAAGAAGAUACCUGAGAGCUGGAUUCAGCUAUUCAUACUCCUUCUUCUCCAGAUCCAUGAUUUUUUUUCUUUAGCUCUUUCUCUCUCACCUGAUUUUCUCUAUUCGUCGCAACGUGGUGAAUUGGAUAAUUCAGAUUUACUUAGCUUGUAGGUGUUAAGCUAGUAAAAAGGUCGGUCUUUUAGAAGCUAUGGUUCUUGAUGGGAUUGUAUCAUCACCAUUACGGAGGCCACAUGCGCUAAAGAAGCAAUGGGAUGACUUGGGUAGCUGCUCAACUGUUGUUCGGAGGCAUCGCUUUCUUUUGACUGCGAUGGUUCUUUUGGCAUUCCUCUGCACCAUUUAUAUCUAUUUUGCCGUCACACUUGGCGCUAGGCACUUGUCCUGUUCAGGGAUGACUGGAAAGGAGAAGGCAAUGUGUCAGCUGGAACAUGUCCAAGCCAGUUUCUCCAAAGGAAAACUGAAAUUCUUCUAGAGUGUCAGCCAAAGCUGACUGCAUUGUUAACAUUUGUUUUCAUUUCUCUCUCUCUCUCUCUCUCUAUUCCAUUGUGUGUGUAACGGCCUAGCUAUCCUACUCUUACCUUAUUCUACUUGGAUUAUGUCCCAAGCAAGAUUCACAAUUAUUGUACAAAUAUGAAUCUUCUGUAAUGGAAUGUAUGCGACAAGUUUUUGGCAAUUGUA